CAGCCAUAUCAUCUACCAAAUGCUUUUGCGGAGAGCCUGUAGCCACGUCAUAUUUGAGUGCCUUGUGUAGGUUUCGUUUAUCACUACUGGCUUUAAUUAUACACCACUGUUAUUUUAUUAAUUCUAUAAUAAUUUAUAAUAACAACAAUUAACAAACGAGAUGAAUAUAUUUCGUUUACUCGGUGAUUUGUCCCAUUUACUAGCCAUUAUUAUUUUGCUCCUGAAGAUAUGGAACACAAGAAGUUGUGCCGGUAUAAGUGGAAAAUCCCAAAUACUUUUUGCCAUUGUUUACACCUCCAGGUAUCUUGACUUAGUCACAACAUAUAUAUCAGCAUAUAAUACUUUUAUGAAAGUGAUAUUUAUUGCUGCAUCAUAUGCUACGAUCUUCCUUAUGUAUGUUAAAUUCAAGGCAACAUAUGAUCAUAAUCACGAUUCAUUCAGAAUUGAAUUUUUGCUUUUACCAACGUUGAUUCUAGCAGUGUUUAUAAAUCAUGAAUUUUCACCCUUAGAAAUUCUUUGGACAUUCAGUAUUUAUUUGGAAUCUGUUGCUAUUUUGCCGCAACUAUUUUUGGUAUCUAAAACUGGUGAGGCUGAAAGUAUUACCAGUCAUUAUCUAUUCGCAUUGGGUUCAUAUCGUGGUCUCUAUAUAUUCAAUUGGAUUUAUCGUUAUUAUGCUGAAAGUCAUUAUGAUCUCAUUGCAAUUAUUGCCGGUGUUGUUCAAACUGUACUGUACUGUGACUUUUUUUAUCUUUACAUUACCAAAGUACUCAAAGGAAAGAAAUUACAGUUACCUGCUUAGCUAUUCAGUGAGUGAAUUGGAUCUUAUAUAUAGAAAUACAAAAAAAUUAAAUAUAAACAACAACAAAAAGUAAUAAUAAUAAUAAUGAUAAUAUUAUCAAUAAUAAUUAACAUUGAUAGUAAGUCAGUGUAUUUGGUAAAUCACUAUAAUAAUGAAACAAUCGGGUAAGUCAAGUUAAAUUAAGCUUAAUAUUUAAAUAGAAGAGGAUAAAAUCCGGUAAUCAAAUAUGCUUGAGCGAGCGCACAAAAUAUUAUUUAAUAAUAAGGUUAUUACAAAAUAACAAAAAAAAAUUGGUUUCAUAUUUGAACGAAAUUAUUUCUCAUGCCAUUUAAAUUUGUAAAAAAAAUUUAGAGACU